AAGGAGAGGAGACACUCCCAAACUAACUGCCCAUUGGCCUACAGGCAUUUUGGGGAGAGAUUUUAACAAUUGAAGAGGGAGGGAGAGAGCAAAAGUCAGGGGCAGAGUAGAAGUCUUUGACACACUGGCCCAGGCCUGUCAACAGGUGGCACAGGGAGAGGCUUGGUGACGAAAAGAGAGAAGGACGGAGAGAAGAAGAGACGAAAGUUAAUGAAAACCCUCAAGGCCAUGACCAACAGACUCCUGUGGAGGGCCCUGUGCCUGCUGGCCCUACUCUGCACCAUGUCACCCUUCAGCUUUGCCAACAACCUGGACCCCUCAGCCCCAGAGCAGGGAGUCACUUUCAGCCACGUUUAUAAAAUUGACAUCCCAGGGAGUUCCAGCUGUAAACUCGAGCGCCUGCCAACCCAGGACGAAACAGGAUUGCAGACGGAAACCACUACGACUGGUGACAACGAUAUCAUCUUCAGACACAACAUCAGGCUGCAGACGCCAAAGUGUGACUGUGAGGAGUCAGAAAGUUUCAAGUCGCUCUUAUACAGAGUCAACGGGCUGGAGGAAGAAGUCAACUACCUGAAGACCCAGUGCACUCAGGGAUGUUGUGGAAGAGGAGGGGUGGACACAGGCUGUAGUGGCCAUGGUACCUACCAACACGACACCUGCAGCUGUCUCUGUAACCCGGGAUGGGAAGGCCCAGAUUGCUCCGUGUCCUCCUGCCCCGACGAGUGCAAUGACAACGGCCGAUGUGUGGAUGGGAAGUGUGUGUGCCAUCAGGGCUACAUGGGAGAAGACUGCAGCCAGCUCAUGUGUCCAGACAACUGCAAUGACAAGGGACACUGCGUGGAUGGAAAAUGUGUGUGUUUCCCUCACUUCACUGGUGAGGACUGCAGUGUCCAGAAGUGUCCCAACGACUGCAUCGGUAACGGCCGGUGUGUGGAUGGCAAGUGCAUCUGUGAUGAAGGCUUCUAUGGGGAAGACUGUUCAUUAGUCCUUGGCCCUCAGGGUCUGCGGUUGGUCCAGUUGACUGACGUCUCUCUCCUGGUUGAGUGGGAGUCAGUUCGUGGAGCAGAGUAUUACAUUUUAACAUAUCAUCCCAAAGACGAUGAAAGCGCCUUGCAGCAAGUUAAGGUUCCCAACACAGAGAACUCCUACCUCAUCACAGGACUGUCCCCUGGGGUCACCUACAUCGUCCAAGUAUAUGCUGUCAUCAAAGAAAUACAAAGUGAAGCAGACAAGAUUGAAGCUACCACAGAUGUCUCAGCUAUUGAUGAGAUCCGAGUUCUUGGCCAGACAGAAGUUACUAUCCAUGUGGACUGGAAGAACCCACAAGCUGAGGUGGAUCACUUCAGGCUCACACACACUGACCCCGCAGGACAGGAGGAGGAGCUGAACGUACAGAGGAGCCAGGAGGCACGCACCAAACACACCAUUGUGGGUCUGUUCCCAGGAACAGAGUACCAGAUCUCAGUGCAGGCCAUCAAAGGAACGACUGAGGGAAAAUCUUCCUCUGUCUCUGGUGCCACAGACAUUGAUGCCCCUAUCAACUUUGUCACCACUGAAGUAACAGAGGACACUGCCAUAGUUUCAUGGGAUCAAGUCCAGGCAGAAAUAGAGGGCUAUAUGUUGAGCUACACUUCUGCUGAGGGCUCAAGUGGUGAGAUCCCUGUAGGACGUGACAGUACCUCAUACCGGCUCAUUGGCUUGAGGCCUGGAGUUCUCCAUACCAUCUACAUCUGGGCCUUCAAAGGAGACAAAGUUAGCAGGAAGAGUUCAACAGAAGCUGAAACAGAGCUGGAUGCUCCUACUAACGUCUUGGCCCAGGAUGAAACAGAGUCCAGCUUCAAGGUGUCCUGGGAUCACACCCGGGCAGAAAUAGAUGGCUACGUCCUAAUGUACACCUCUUCUGAGGGCUCUAGUGAGGAAAUCCCAAUUGGACCUGACAGUUCGUCAUACACACUGACUGGUCUGAGGCCUGGGGUCCUUUACACUGUCUACGUCUGGGCCAUCAAGGGAAGCAGAGCCAGCAGGAAGAUCUCAACACAAGCUGAGACAGAGUUGGAUGCGCCUGCUAACCUCUCAGCUCAAGAUGUGACAGAGUCCAGCUUCAGCAUAUCAUGGGAUCCAGUCCAGGCCGAAAUAGAUGGUUAUGUCCUAACCUACAGCUCCUCUGAGGGCUCUAGUGGGGAGAUCCCAAUCCGGUCUGACACCACCUCUUACACACUGACUGGUCUGAGGCCUGGGGUCCUUUACACUGUCUACGUCUGGGCCAUCAAGGGGAGCAGAGCCACCAGGAAGAUCUCAACGCAAGCUGAGACAGAGUUGGAUGCGCCUGCUAACCUCUCAGCUCGAGAUGUGACAGAGUCCAGCUUCAGCAUAUCAUGGGAUCCAGUCCAGGCCGAAAUAGAUGGUUAUGUCCUAACCUACAGCUCCUCUGAGGGCUCUAGUGGGGAGAUCCCAAUCAAAUCUGACACCACCUCUUACACAUUGACUGGUCUGAGGCCUGGGAUCCUCUACACUGUCUACAUCUGGGCCAUCAAGGGAAGCAGAGCCAGCAGGAAGAUCUCAACACAAGCUGAGACAGAGCUGGAUGCUCCUGCUAACCUCUCAGCUCGAGAUGUGACAGAGUCCAGCUUCAGCAUAUCAUGGGAUCCAGUCCAGGCCGAAAUAGAUGGUUAUGUCCUAACCUACAGCUCUUCUGAGGACUCUAGUGGGGAGAUCCCAAUCCGGUCUGACACCACCUCUUACACACUGACUGGUCUGAGGCCUGGAGUCCUUUACACUGUCUACGUCUGGGCCAUCAAGGGAAGCAGAGCCAGCAGGAAGAUCUCAACGCAAGCUGAGACAGAGCUGGAUGCUCCUGCUAACCUCUCAGCUCGAGAUGUGACAGAGUCCAGCUUCAGCAUAUCAUGGGAUCCAGUCCAGGCCGAAAUAGAUGGUUAUGUCCUAACCUACAGCUCCUCUGAGGGCUCUAGUGGGGAGAUCCCAAUCCGGUCUGACACCACCUCUUACACACUGACUGGUCUGAGGCCUGGGGUCCUCUACACUGUCUACGUCUGGGCCAUCAAGGGGAGCAAAGCCAGCAGGAAGAUCUCAACACAAGCUGAGACAGAAAUGGAUGCUCCUGCUAACCUCUUAGCCCGAGAUGAAACAGAGUCCAGCUUCAGCGUGUCAUGGGAUCCAGUCCUGGCAGACAUUGAUGGCUACAUCCUAACUUACAGCUCUUCUGAGGGCUCAAGUGAGGAAAUCCCAGUCGGGUCUGACACCACCUCUUACAGGCUGACUGGGCUGAGGCCUGGGGUCCUCUACACUGUCUACAUCUGGGCCAUCAAGGGGAGCAAAGUCACCAGGAAGAUUUCAACAAAAGCUGAGACAGACAUUGAUGCCCCUGCGGACCUUAAAGCGACAGAUGUGACGCUGGACUCGGCUGUUUUGACCUGGGUUCCUCCUCUCGCCGACAUCGAGGGCUACAUCCUCACCUACAGAGAUGAGGAUGGCAACAUGGAGACUGUCGAAAAGCAGCUCAGAGCUGGGGAGAGCAGUUUUUCUGUGUCCACUUUGGAGAUGGGGAAGAGAUAUAUUGUCACCAUCAUUGCCUACAGGGGCAAUAAGAGGAGCAAGGCAGUACAGACAAUCUUCAAAACAGUUGGUCUCCUGUACCCCUUCCCCAUGGACUGUCUUCAGAUCAUGAAGAAUGGCAAUAUGAAAAGCGGUAUCUACACCAUCUAUAUUAGCAAUGACCGCUCCAAACCAGUGGAGGUUUACUGCGACAUGGACACUGAUGGAGGCGGCUGGCUGGUCCUCCAGCGACGUAACAUUGGCAAGCAGGACUUUCUGAAACGCUGGAGACAGUACAUAGCAGGUUUUGGCAACAUGACAGAGGAGUUCUGGAUUGGUCUGGAUAAGAUAUACGAGCUCACCAACACACCUACUCAGUAUGAGCUGAGGUUUGACUUGGGCCUGGGCUCAGAGAGAGUCUAUGCCGUAUAUGACAACUUUAAGAUUGCACCGGUCAAGCAGAAGUUCAAACUCACCAUUGGCACAUACAGGGGAACAGCAGGUGAUGCUAUGACCUACCAUCAAGGCCGGCCUUGGACUACUAUUGACUCAGACAAUGACAUCGCUCUCAGUAACUGUGCCCUGACCCACCGUGGUGCCUGGUGGUACAAAAACUGUCACUUGGCCAACCUCAAUGGAAACUGGGGAGACAGCAGGCACAGUAUGGGAGUGAACUGGAAGCCGUGGAAGGGCCACCUGACGUCCCUGGACUUCACCGAGAUGAAGAUCCGACCCGUGGGUGCCUUGUCCAGCAGGAAGAGGCGAUCGUUGAUGGCCAGAGAGAAGAACAGAACCAAAAAUCUCCAGAAGAAGUAACAAAGCCCCUCCCACUAAAACCACAACAUUGUCAUCUGUUCCAUUAAACUAUCAUCAUGCUAGAUUUGGGUGUUUCUGUACAUAUGUACAUACAUAUGUCUUGGUGCUUUGACCACAAAGGGUUCCCACUGGUUUAUAUACCUGUAUGUGCCCCAACUAUUGGACAGUAUGUACACUUUUGGAGCAAAGAGGGAAAUGCUAUGCAACAGUAACUUAUUAUGUGCUUGUAUACAGUGACAUUCAUUAGAAAUUCCUAGGUUUAGUGUCAUUGUCAAGAGUCGGAGAGAAAAUUGCCUUGGAGUUGUUUUGGAGUUUGUUUUGAACUGAAGUUGUUGAACAUUGUCAAGUUAUGAUGCAAUUGUAAUUUUAACAACUCCUGUUUCGCUGAUUGUCGUAGUAACCUCAAUUGUAAAUCAGGAAACAGCAGAUUUAAGUUAAAUUGAGAACAAAUCCAAUUUUGAAAUCCAAUUUUUCUCCUAUUACUGCAUUCAUUUUAACUUUUUUUUUUUUAACCUUAGGGCAGCAGUUGAGGUUAUUUGUAUUAUAUUUGUUUAUUUUAUGUCCCUUGAAGAAUUUGAGUAGCAACCUUUUUGUGUAGCAUUGUCAUUAUUAGAUGAAUGUAAAAAAAAAAAAAAAAAAAAAAAAAAGAACUGUGGCUUGUGUGUUUUGUUGUGUGAUUAGUUAGUUCCCUGAGUUUACUGAUUAUGAAUCCAGCUGGCUUGGUGUCACAUUAAGCUGUCUCUGUGUCCCAAACACUGUCACAUCACAUUAGUCUGUGUAGGACAAGCCAGAGAAUAAGAAUGGACGGCUGUCUUGAAUGACCAUAUUGCUCCUGCUUUACAUUUAUACAACAGAGACAGUGCAUAUCAAUCAGUGAUGUGCUCAUAUCAAAGUCCAAUAGAAAUGAGGUUUGUUUGCUGCAUCUUCAGGAACUUUAAUGACCAGACUCUUGUUUUCAAUCUCAAAAGCUGACAAAGAUUAUUAAUACUGCUUUGACUUUGACUUUAUUACAUAAUGACAUUUAUUUUUUACAAUUUUAUUACAAACUGUGUUGGUUUAUGUGACAGCACAUCAAUCAACUUUUCUGUUAGUCUGCCAGAAUUGAUUUGUAGUCGCUGCUCUUCAUAAAUUUUGCAUUCAGUAAAAUGUCUUUUAAUGCCUUUACGGCCCACAAGGUUUUAUGUUCAUUCACACAAUAAAUCG